CUGUGACAUCACGUGUGCGCGACAUUGUUCAAAUAAAAGGACAACACGAUCCCACAUUUCUUUUCGUCCAUCCAUAUUACCUUCUUCCAUCUCAGCCACUCGAUGCCGUGCAUUAGAGCCAACAAAGACACUGCCACUCCACCCCCCUCUCGUUUGUCUGGGCACGAGCGAAAGGCGAUCCUUGCUUCCGACCGCUGGGUGGACCCCAAGCAGUUAAAGCCACAAAGCGUGGUGUGUCUGGCGUGCGGUACACACGUGAAACUAGAUAGGGGGAAGCAGUAUUACUUGCGGUGCUGGAAUUACCACAAGGAGAGGUGUAUAGAAAUCAUCGCUUCCGGAGAGGCUUCGAAGGGCCCUGGUGUGCUCUCGUCAGAUAUGCAGGUUGACACCAUGUCUGAAGGAGACGUGAUCUACUCACUUACGGAAAAGGGAUCGUUACCUCCUAAGCUAGCUCGGAAGCGUGAUUUGUUUAAAUGCUGGAUUCUGUAAUCUAAUGAGCAGAGCUCAAAAACACGCACACCCAUUUGUAUUUUCAUCCAAGUUUCAUAUAUUCGUUAGUAACUUUAGUCUCCUCGAUUUACGUACAACAUUCCUUCUGGUAUUUUCCUCCUGCAUUAAUGAUAACCGAUAGGGGUCUCUCCCGUCACUUGUAACGUUACC